GCCGCGGGGCCCGCAUCCGCUUUUCCGGCGUGACGCCGCUUCCACCAGGCCUCGCCUGGGCGCGGGCCCCUUCCCGUCACAUCCUCCCCGCAACACGGGUCUUCUCGGGCCGGGGACGAGGAAGUUGCCCCCUGCCUGGGCACCCCCGGCCCUUCCUUCACCCUUUUUCCCAGCCUUUGGAGCGUAAAUGCCUAGCCCUGCCCCCAGUUCCCUGCGUUUUCCUCUCCCCCUGCUCUUCUGGGCGCCGUCGAAGGUGAAGGUCGGGGCAAGGAAGAAGACAGGUAGGAUGCCCGUGGUAGCUGGAAGGCUGAGAGAUCCUGACAUAAAUCCUUGCUUGUUGGAAUCUGAUGCUUCUACCAGAUGUAUGGAUGAAUAUAACUAUGACAAAGAAAGGUGUUCCACUCACUUCUUGAAGUACAAAAACUGCCGGAAGUUCUGGAAUUCUAUCAUGAUCCAGAGAAGACGGGAUGGAGUGAAGCCGUCUAUGCCUGCAGCAGCAGAGAGAGACAUAAUCUUGCAAGCAAUGGGCAAGAUGCCCUAUUGAGUGUUUGCAUUAAAGUGGUUUAUUUAACUCAGAA